AUGUCUAUCAACGUUCCAUUUGUCUCCGAGACAAUCCUCGGCACCCGCCUCACCGAAGACGACGGUUUUGCCGUUCCUUCCUCGGCCCACUUCGACAAGGUCGAAUUCGAAAUCGGCAUGGACGAAGCCAGAGUGCAGCCUCCUGCUCCCAAGAAGCCCUGUCUCUUCUUCCAGAGCAUCCAGGAGUUCCACCACUUCUCCAGGCUCAACCCGCCCGUGUCGGUUGGCGAGAACAUCAGCAUCACUGCUGUGAUUUUGCAGCCUACUUCCCCAGGCUUUUUCAAGCUCUAUGCCCAGCCUACCGAGGUGCUUGUGCCUGCUGGCUUGGGCAUGUUCCUCCACGGCUACCCUUACGCCAACAUUUUUGAUCCUUAUGUGUUUUGUGGCGGUGAUUCCGGCCUCCCCAAGGAAUUCCCCCAAGCUGCUCCCCAUCCAUCUCAACCAACCCAACCAGCUCAACCAGCUCAACCAUCUCCACAGCCUCAGGCUGCUCCACAACCCCAGCCUGCUAAGGCUGCCUCCCCAGCUCCCCAGCCUGCUAAGGCUGCCUCCCCAGCGCCACAAACACAAAAGGCUCACACCCCUCUGAACGUUCCUUCCCAGGAUUCCAGAGACACUUCGCUGACUUCUGAACAUCCCCAGAAGUCGGCCCAGAAGUCUGCCCAGGAAUUGGUCAGAUUCCACGGCCCCUCGACCUCGCCGGUCACCUCCCGCUCUGGCUCUCCCAAGGAAACCCUUCCUCCCCAGCCCUCCAAGAGAGCCUUGAAGCAGAGAGCCAAGAGAAGAGCCAGACAGGAGAGCAAGAAGCAGCGCAGAGCCAACCACAAGGAAAAAGCCCAGAAGGAGGCGAUGAUGGCCGAAGCUGCCGAGCUCAAGGCCGCCCAAAGGGCCGAGGCUGCAAGAAACACAGCACAGCAGAAAUCUGCAAACGCUUCACGUGUGGCCCUUUCCCACUACCACCACUCCCAGAGACUCGCCCGUUUCUUCGAGCACCUUCCCCUUUUCCUCGAGGAGCGCCGCUACCGUCUGUUUGCCCUUCCCCAGGAGCCCAGAAGGCUUCCUGAGCUCCCCAUUGUGGAGCUUCCUUUGGAGGUUUUCCCCUGCCUUUCCGUUUGUGCUGGCGACGAAAAAGCUGUUUCCUCUCGCCCGCCCAAGCGCUCGGCGUGGUGCGGUUUGCUCAAGACCCGCAGAAAGACCAAGGCCAAGAAGACUCGACCAACCAGACGCUCGGGAACGAGCUGGGUCUGA